ACAGACGCAAGACACCACGCACUUGACGUAAAGAUGGCGGCUGUUAGAGGUUUAACGAAAUUAUACGGUAUUGGGCUUCACGCGAUUCGUCAAAAUACUACGUUAAAAGCAACAACGUUUCUCCAGCAAAGAGCAUUCCGCGUAAAUGGAGCUCUUCGCCAGCAGCCGUUUGAUUCUUCAGCGGAGAAGCCGCAGUUUCCCGGGGCCUCGGCGGAGUUUAUUGAUCACCUGGAAUUUAUCCUGCCCAAUGUGAUCUCAGGAAUCCCUGUGUAUAGGGUGAUGGACAGACAGGGCCAGAUCAUCAAUCCGUCUGAGGAUCCUAAGCUUCCAAAAGAGAUGGUUUUGAAUUUCUAUCAGAAGAUGACAUUACUCAACACAAUGGAUCGGAUUCUUUAUGAGUCUCAGAGGCAGGGCCGUAUCUCUUUUUACAUGACCAAUUAUGGUGAGGAGGGCACACACGUUGGAAGCGCUGCGGCUCUUGAACCUACUGAUUUGGUCUUCGGCCAAUACCGAGAAGCUGGUGUAUUGAUGUACAGAGGCUUCCCUUUGGAUCUGUUUAUGGCGCAGUGCUAUGCCAACGCUGAUGACCUUGGCAAGGGUAGACAAAUGCCAGUUCACUACGGCUGCAAAGACCUCAAUUUUGUAACCAUCUCCUCACCACUUGCCACUCAGAUCCCCCAAGCGGCCGGGGCAGCGUACGCAGUGAAGAGGGAGAACACAAACCGUGUGGUGAUCUGUUACUUUGGAGAGGGGGCCGCCAGUGAGGGAGACGCACAUGCUGGAUUUAAUUUUUCUGCCACCCUUGAGUGUCCUCUCCUAUUCUUCUGCCGCAACAAUGGUUAUGCUAUCUCAACACCGACCAAUGAGCAGUACAGAGGAGAUGGUAUUGCUGCUCGAGGUCCAGGAUAUGGACUGAUGUCGAUACGUGUAGAUGGAAAUGAUGUUUUCGCAGUGUACAAUGCCACAAAGGAGGCACGACGCAGAGCGGUGGCUGAAAACCAGCCCUUCCUCAUUGAAGCCAUGACCUACAGGAUUGGCCAUCACAGCACUAGUGACGACAGCUCUGCAUAUCGCUCAGUCGACGAGGUGAACUACUGGGACAAGCAGGACCACCCCAUCUCUCGCCUGCGACACUACAUGACCGCCCGAGGCUGGUGGGGCGAGGACGAGGAGCGGGCCUGGAGAAAGCAGUCACGAAAACUCGUCAUGGAGGCUUUUGAAAGAGCCGAGAAACGUCUGAAACCCAACCCCGAGCUGCUGUUCACUGACGUCUACGAUGAGAUGAUUCCUCCUAUAGCCAAGCAGAGAGAUGCCAUGUGGCGGCAUGUCCAGCAGUAUAAAGAGCAUUACCCACUUGAUCUCUAUGAGAAAUAAUCCAUGAGCCGUGGACACAACUGUGAAGUUCCUUGCACAUGUCAGUUUGUCUGAAUAGUUUUUCUUUUUCCAUUUCUACAUUUGUAUUGAAUUAGAAAGCACAAUUAGUGAAAGAUGUGUUGUUAUCCUCCAUAUUUGCCACUAGAGGCCUCCGUACUGUCAUUUUGUGCCUUGGAAAAUGAUGUAAAAGGAGUUGUGAAAAUCGGUUGAAGGUCUUCUAUACUGGCCUAGUGUAGCAAAUGUUCUCAUUGUUCUAACAGCCCAUAAAUACAGUAUCAUUACAUUUGGCAUAGUGCUAUCAAUCCAUUCACUAGAAUUUCUUUAUUUAAAGCAUGAACAUCUUGAGUGAUUCCCCUGAUUUUUUUCCUUGAUACUCUAUGAAGAACAUUAAGUGUUCUUCAUUCAGUAUCUUUAAAAUGUGGGUUUUCAAAUCACUGUAAAUGUUCAGAAUUGGUUUCUCAUUUCUCCACAAACACUAAUACUCAUUACAGGUGAUGUGAUUGUGAUACAUGCUUUGUGAAAAGGUCAUUUGUGUGUAUUAUUACCCUCAGACUUUCCACUCCAAACUGAGCUAUUAAUACAGUAAGUACUCUUACUGUAAUAAUAAAUGGUUUGCGUCCUGUUAAUUUCCCCCCACAGAUGAUAAUGUUAAUAAGGACAUUCUAUUUAGCUGUGAUUUUCUGAUUGUUAAUAAUGAACUGAACAAACUUUCUGUGUGAGACUGACUCAACUGUUACAUGACAUGAUGAUUGUUGUGUUUGAGAUUUAUUCGGAUUAGCUUUAGGGGUUUGUAAAUUGUAUUUUAAACAAUAAAAAAUGCUCACAAAAUGUAA